UGGAAAUCCACACGAGACACCUGCCGGGGACUUCCCUCGCCUACACGGAGAGACUGCAGUCUAGGUAUCACUCCGCCAGGAGUUUUGUCGAUGGGGGCGGUAGGUACCACUACGAUGAAAACAACAAGACUGCAGUGCACCACGAGGAGCUGAAGCCGCUUGGAGUAGGACCUGGCGACGACAAGGUCAAGGCCUCUUCAACCGCGCCGUCCGAAAAAGACCUGCUAU